UUGAAUACACAGGAGACUGAUGUGCAAAAACUACAGGAAAAACUGAAUAGUGGUCACAUAGAAGAAGUCAUUCUACAGGCUGAAAAUGAGCUUUCCCUGGCAAGAAAAAUGAUACAGUGGAAACCAUGGGAGCCUUUAGUUGAAGAACCUCCUUCUGACCAGUGGAGAUGGCCAAUAUAA